AUGAUUCCCAUAAUACAUCAUAUCAUAUUGGCACUUAUUUUGCUGUGCAUUACUCAAGCCCAGAGUAUAAAAAUUGGUAGACAGAUCCCAGUUAGUGGGCGUGGAGCAACAGAGCUUAAUACUAAGAUAAAAGGGAUCAGGGAAGAGCUUGAUUCGUACAGAAUUAGCCAUCAAGAUGAUUCAAAUGGGUUUAUUAGGAGGAGGCAUGAAUUUUUGGGAAGUUACCAGAAAGAUGUCGACAAGAUAAUAAACAAUUUACGGCAAGAGAUGAAUAAAUAUUUACAGCUUAAUUCAUGCUUGCGAUAUUACUUUCAAGACUUUGUUGAUUUCAGUGAACUCGAAUCUAGUGAAGGCAGCGCGGCUCAUAUUCUCCUGGCGAUAAAUGUGAUAGUGGAAAACGAGCCUAAUCCAAGAGUUCAGUCUUUAAACUUAAAUAUCAUGGAUAAAGACAUGAAUGCAUUAAGAAGAAAGAAUGGCAUUCAUGAGCGUGAAAGUCAUAUUGCCGUGGAUUAUCCCGUGAUGAGUAAAAGCAGAGAGGAAUACGGCAACGAGCAUAUAGAUUUCUGCUUCGAAAAUUUAAAAGUAGAUAGAUCUUGGAGUUCUGAUCCUCAUGAUAUUAAUAUUUACACGGACAUCAGUUUUGGUCUCCCGGCCAUAAAAUCAAAUUACAUGGAGUCCACAAACAGAAUUGGGAAAAUUAACGAGAAGCUUGAAAAGUCGGAUACGGAGUUGGAUGCUAUGGUUAAUCAAAUGCAGUCAAGUAUGGCGACUGCAUAUUCAAGACUCCGUGACAUGAAUGAAGACACAUAUUCAAAGCAAACCAUCUUUUAUAUUCUCAUACUAUGCAGCUACUUUGGCACGUGCAUCUUUGAAAUUUUGUGGCUUCGUCGUGUCCUACGGCUUCGCAAGCUGGCAUAA